AUGACCGAACCGCCCAUCACGCCGCCGUCACCGCCACUUGCCAUCCCGCCAGAAUGUCGCCAUCUGCGGAAUAGCAUGCUGAUCCAUUGGAUCCACAACCUAAACUGUAAUAUAUCGACCCUGUCACAACUCGCGGACGACGACACUUUAUUGGCGCAGUUUGUAUCUGCCCUGACAGAUAUUCCAGUAGCACCGCAACAAGAAAGGGAUCUACGGCAUAAUGCACUGACGACACUGCAGAAUUUUUUGGAACUGGACUAUUUGCCCACAUUAAAGAAGACAACAGACAGGCACAACGACCACCAUCACCACCACGACCCUCAUGAGCAAGAAAACAGCAUCUCAUUUUUCUCUUUUGUCCUUACACAAUAUCAAGCACGCAUCAUCAAUUCACUGCAAACCGAUACAUUCGCUUUCAUGAGCUCACAUAUCCAUCCCAUCAUUAGCAUACCCAAACAUACCGCUGCCACACCAGCUGAUAUCCAGCAAGUCCUGCUAACAUGGGCACAAAAUACGCUGGCCGACUAUAUCAACGCGUCAAUGCUACCAACUGUCGACGACUGUAGUGACGCAUGGCAGGAUGGCUCGUUCUUCAUGACCUUAUUACAUUGCCAUGAACCGGAAUGCGUUCCGGAUCUUUCUGAGUUUCUCUCACAAGAGCGACGGCAAGAUCGAAACCGGUGGCGGGACACAUUAGAGACUGCAUUUCGACGGAUACACAACACAUUCCACGUACCCGUGCUGCUGGAUGCAAGCGUAUUAGCAGAUGCCAUGCAUGUUGACGAGGAAUCCGUCUUGGCGUACUUGGUCGAGUUUAUCCGGGGCGUACGGGCACGAAACCAGGUCGAAGAGGUGAGAACGAAACGACGGGAGGACAUUGAACGAUUCACUACGACGACGGUUUCACCAUCGUCCAGCGACAGCACGUCCAAUGCACCAUCCACCCAACAGCAGAAGCAGUCGGCGACUACAGUAACAGCCACCUAUUCUAUCCAGCAUGUGAAACUGACCAAAACAACUACCACGACGACGACGGUGAAAUCAGACAGGGACGAAUUUCAUGCGCGUGCAAAUGCGGUUCUCGAAAAGAUCCUCCAGCUCCAGAAUCGGCUGGUAGCAAUUAUUCCGACGCGGAAUUACCACGCCUCGGUCCGUGGCAGCACCUCGUCUGCAACACCUGAUCUCCUCGAAUCUUCGUCCGAAGCUAGCGAAUGUACCACCGAAGGGCCUCGCCUCUUGCAUCCCCUCCAAGCCGGAGACGAAGAUCUCAGGGCGUAUGAACAAAAUUACAAUACGUUUCAGGUGACUUUGCAGGCGUUUCGACAAGAUGAGCUUGAUGGGUUUCACAGCUUGGCGCAGCAACUACUACCAGACGAUGCCAUCCAGCAGCGGUGCGAUCAGGUCGACCUGGCUUUCCGUGCGCUGAUGGAGGACUCAGACAAAGGUGGGCAUCUGCUAGCUACGUUUCAGCAUGGCUAUCUGUUUUCAAGACAUUGUCUUGACGUGCGAAACGAGCUGGACUACGUCCAACUGAAGAUGGUCAAGACCACUUCAACAUCGACCGACGGCGACAUCCAGCAUAUGGAGCUGCGCAUACAAAAGGCCUUCUCCAUGAUUGAGAAUAUAUCGCAAACAUUUCCCGAUCUUGUCAAGUCACCGGCGCUCAUAGAGUAUGAUGGUGAAGGUGACGAAAACGAAGAGGGCGUCGACGGCAAUGGCGUUGUUGCCAUCCGGGAUGAUGACGACAUGGUAGAAGCCAGCGACCGACAGAACAACAAGGACGACAAGGUGUACCGCGAGCAUUUCGAUGCGCUUGUAAAAAAGAAUGAGCUGGUGCGAACAUGGGUGGAAGAAGUUCGAGUGUGGUUCACCGAGGCUCAACGGAUACGACAAUGGAUCGCCAUACGCAUGGAGCGGCUUGAGGAGAUUAGAGUGCCUGAACCCCUGAAUAGCAAAGAUUUACCGGCGACCCGCGAGCAGGUUGAGCAACUCAAUGCGACGCACCAAGUUCUUGAAAAGGAAAUCGAAACUUUCGAUAAGGAGGACAUGGCUCGGCUGCGUGCACAUGUCAAGGCGCUGACGGGUGCAAGCCGUGCAGGCAAGGACUUGAGUCCUGCCGACACAACAACCAUCGAGAUAACGCUGACGACAUUGACAUCGCUUGAAAAGCUAGUGCACUCGUUGCGGCAAAAAAGCAACGAUCUGAACGUCCUGACCCAACGAACAGCGUGGGAAGAGGAGCUAGCGAAAUGCCAUGUGUGGCUGAAGAAAGCCGACAAUGAGGUGGAGGAAUUUAUCCGUGGCAGCGCACGGUGGCAUGCGGCAGAGGACGACCUGCACAGUGAUGCUGAUGAGACACAUCAUCGCGAGCAGACGAUUGCUCAAGAACGGCUGAAGGAACUCGUCAUCCAGCGACUGCUAAUGCUCGAAAACAAACGCAACGACUUUGACCAAGGCCAGUUUACCAAGACCGUUGAUGCGUUUCAUGACAUGGAGGACGCUUUGACCAUUGAUGUUCCCGAACAUUUGGAAGCAAGGCAGUCGGUAUGCGAGCAUGAGUUUGAAGAUCUGUUCAAGAGGAUUAAUUUCGCACGCCAAGUUGUCGAGCAAAGACUGAAAGUCAUGGACUUUUUGUAUCAAGACUACCAGAUCAAAAAGGACGUACAGCAACUCAAGGAGGAUCUCGAGGAGGCACAGCGCACGGCAUUGCCGGAUGACAACGACCGCGAAAUGACGGGCCGUGUUCAAGAGCUACAUGAACGCAUCGUUCAACUUGUCACUGCUACAGCUGGUCGGAUACCGUACCCAACCCCAGGGCUUGAGGUGGACAAAGAGGAGAGCGAUGCAUCUAACGGUGCUACACGGGAAGUCGUCAGCGAAAAGCGCACAGAGCUUGUCGGUCUGGUCGACGAAUUGGACGGCUCGCUAAAUGGCCUACGCAAUGUAUUACAGCUACACAAGCGUGGCAAGCAGCUGCUGAACGACGCGAAACGUUUAAGCGAGUGGGCAGACGAGCGGAUGAACACGCUACGCAAAGCACGAGUGGAUGUCGAAUCAGACACGCUGAGCAUGGACGAUCUGCGACGGCUACAGCGUGAGCGCGACAACUUGCUAAAGAAGCUGGAUGGUGGCAAGGAGAAUGAAACUAUUGACGUGCUCACAAAAAUCGACUCACUGCUGGAAACUGUUGCCAAAAUGGACACAGCCGUUGACCGCGAGGCAUUGGAAGACGUAUCACAAUAUCUUACCGAUGCAUUCGAUCGAUUGCAUGGAAUGCUUGACGAGCACGGUGCCAGUUUGGAAGCGCUGCAUAAAAAGAAGGAGGAUGGGAACACUUAUGCCGAAAAGUUCAGUCUACUGCGAAAUUUUCUCCAUGAAAUGCGUGGUUCCUUGCCUGGUUUGAAGCAAACGUGCGGCUUCAUCACAGGUCAAUCCGAAGAGCAAGAUCGGCAACGCUAUGAGACGUUACGGGACACCCUGGCUAAAGUGUCCGAUUCUUUUCGUGAGCAGUCCAACAAUCUCAAUACGCUGCGGGAUGAUCUGAAGCAUGCAGGGUCAGGGAAGAACGACGAGGUGGAUGUGGAUGCAGUCAAGGCCUUCUUUGAACAUGACUGGCAAGAACUUGAUGGUGACAUGAGCGACUUAUUCGAGUUCACUGAAACUGUCGGCAAGUGGUACGAUCGACAACGACGUCUCAGCAUGGUUGAAAACAGCUUGUUGGUGGGCUUGAACGAAAGCAUCUCUGAGCUGGCAAAGUCAGGAUGGAGCAACGACGACUUGAGAGCCAUUGAGCAAAAGGUUGGCCAAGCAAUCAAGACACUCAAUGAUACUGGUGCAGAGAUUGCAGAUGAAGGCAGCAAAGUCAAGGAAGAUCCACUGCAAACUGCAAACUACUCGCGUGCACGCGAUCGACAUGCUGCCUUGUUGAGCAAGGCGCAGACGGUGCAGGCCAGCCUUGACGCGCUAAAGAAGAAUGCCGACAAUGCCGUUGCCCUGAGCGAGUUUCUUGGCAGGGCUGAUUCGUUGUCGGGACAGGUGCAAGCGUUGAAGGAAACCGUAAGUGGACGGAUGGCUAUUGUGGGACGCAGUCCAUUUGCAGCAGGCGAGACACACGAGAUCGAAAGGCUGGCCCACAGUAUUCAAAAGGAAGCAGCAGCGUCUGAAGCUCAAGCGCGUGAUCUGCAGCAGCAGGAACUGAAACAGUUGUGGGAUGUGGCCCGUGCGCUACAAAGCCAAGGUUACGACGAAGAAACCGUGCUAGGCCCUGUCAGGCGCAUUGAGGAUGGACUUGAACAAUUACUGGAUACGGUCGGUCUCGAAAAGCGACAGGCGGCGUUUGUGAAAAAGACACAAGUACAUGCCAAGGCGGCGCGCGACCUUCAAACGUGGAUGAGCCAAUGUAGUCAAGCUAUAUCACAGAUCACAGGUGAUGUGUGCAUCACCGACGAAAGCGAGCUACGUGCAGACAUGGAAGCACUCGAAAGCAAAAUUGCCCAGAUCCAGCCAAUUGUGCGCGCGUUCAAAGCCAUGCCGUCACGUAUCCUCAAUGGACGGGACCAUAAGCCAGUUAACUUGCACGAGCUCAGCGUCGACCCCGAGCCAGUCAAGGACGCCAUCAAGGAACGAGAAGAGAUGAUUUUGAGCGAAUGGAAGCAGCUUGCAAACCAGCUGGAUAUGGCCAAGCUGGCCGUGCAAAAUUCAUGGCGCGACGUGGAAAUUGCUCGCAAGGUCAAGGAGAUCUUGACGCUGGUGGGUCAUUUAAAGGACCGAGCGAACAGCAUUCGUGUCAGUGGCGGCUUUUCCGAGGACAUGGUCAAUGCAGCAGAUGGCAACGACUUUGAUAUGAUUACCACAUGCCCGCUUUCGAUGAUGCCCACGGAGCACGAGCUGUUUGUUGCCAAGGCAGAACUGGAUGCCGCCGACCGUGAUAUUGAACAGCACUUGCUCACCAAGCUGACAGAGCUCGACACAAUGCUCAACAACAACUCGGACAGUGAAGAUAUUUUCUCCGGCCAACGCACUGAGAUCGCCGCAGCCGUUCGUGGACUGACGGAUAUCAUUCGGAUGAAGCGCGACGCAAUUGCAUCUGCUGAAAAGCUCGAAGCAUUCUUGACCGUCGUCGAAGAGCUUGAGGUGAUGCUUUCGGCAUUGUACGAAGUUGUGGAGCGUGCAUCGCCAUCAUAUGCCCGCGUGGUGGAUGGGUUGCCAAGUCGCGCUGAUUUGCAAGCCAUGUUGAUUGAUUUGGAUACGCGGCACCGGUACUACGAGCCAAAGAUUAACGAUCUGAUGGAUGAAGCCAAGGAUGUUGCAAAAGACGUUAUCACAGACAGACGUGUUGCUGACUGCCUAACGGAUUUGAAGGACAAGUGGGCCCAAUUGCAAGCACAAGCGGCAUCCAAACGCGCCGAUCUGCUAAACCGCAUUGGUCCUCUGAGCGAGUCGUUCAAUAGCCGAAUGAUUAAGGAAAGCCUGCUUGGCCGCAAAUCAACUCUGAGCAAACGCCAGUCCAUGCCAUCGUUUGGAGAAAAGCCACAGCCUGUGCAGUCAACGCCGCGGCCCAUGCGGACGGUUACCAAGACGCGACCACAAUCUGCCAUGGCACCACGAAGACCACCUCCACUUACUGUACGAACAUCGAAAGCAGCAGCGACACGGACACCGCGACCAGCAACACGGGCCACUACUGGACGUCCACCCUCGCGUGCUGCCAGCAAAACGCCCGAAGCUUACGUUGCGGAUCCCAAGAACGAUCUGGAUAUGGCUGUCGGUGAUAUUGUUAACGAUUCACCGUACAAGAUUCGUGUCAAGAUGGUUCCUGGCGAAGUCGGUCGAUACUGGUUCGGUGCCAGAAAUCCGAAGCUUGCAUAUUGCCGCAUUCUGCGAAGUCGCAUGGUGAUGGUUCGAGUUGGCGGCGGAUGGGUCGAAUUGUCUCAGUUCUUGCGUGAUCACGCUCUGUUGGAGGAUGGCAACUUUGUUUCCAGAGGCCAACAGCAGCAGCAACGCCCAUCAGCAGCUGCUACGAUUGGCGCCAGUGCUUCUCGUAAUAACAGCAAUGGCUCCAGGAUCCGCGAAGGCGUUUUGCAAACAUCUGGAGGCGUUGUUACUAUCCGUGGUGGUGGUCGUGGUGGCAACGUUGGACGAGGUCCUCCUACGCCUGUGCGAGAAUCACGCUCCACACCUUUCCAGCGUGGCAUGUCGCCUGUUUCUUAUGGGCAUGGUAUCAAAGAAGGCAACAAGUUCUUGGUCCCUGUGGAUGGUGAAGGCAAUCAAGUUGAAGUGCGGAUGACCAAAGCCAAGAGCAAAGAUACCAAAUUCAUUACCCCUCGUCGCUCGCGAUAA